ACCCAAAAUACCCUGCAUUUCGCUCAGAAUGUCCCCAUAACGGAGAAGGUUCAGCAUGCUAAAAGAAUCAGGCAGCUUCUCACCACCUCUGCCUAAACAAUCUGCUCGUCGUCGUGUGGCGUUCCACACACUGUCCGAAGCUUCUAAGUGAUGGCAUUGCUGUUUUUCAGCCGUUCGCAUCGUUGACAAGCACACUUCCGUAGCGUCUCGACCGGCAACACCACACGACGACCAAUCCCUGGCUCUUGGCGGCAUUCCAUGGCGGGCGCAAUGGAUCCCUCGGACCGAUCUAACAAUCCCUUGCAACCGCCUCAUUCCUCAGCCAGGGACCCUCCGUUUCCCCCAAAGGAGUCUCUUUUAUCUCCCAAGGUCCCUCUUUUUCCAUCAGGGGAUCUCUUUCCCCCGCAAAGGAACCACCUUUGUCGCCCCGCGGACUCUCAUCACCCCGGCGGCGGAUCCUCCCCUUGUUUCUCCCAGCGCUGCUCCGCCGCGCGUUCGCCGUCCCCAGAUCCCAUCUCACAGGCACACCUCGUGGCGCCGCUGCACCCAUCGCCAUCCUCCUCCUCCUCGUCCUCCUCCGACUCCGAUGAGGAGUCCGCGCCCUCCCAGCUCAACCGUGAAGCACCGCUCCAAACCGCUGCGCAACCGUCUCUACUUCCCGUGCAUAAUUCCGCGCAGCCUUCCGUGCCGCAGGCCGCGUCCGGGCCCCUCCGCGUCCCGCGGAUUAACGGGGCGGCGGGAGCGGGCCGGUGGGGUGGGCGGGCGCGGUACAAUGGAAGGAUGAAAGUGACAGAGAGGAGAUACCAUCCAGAGGCGGAGGGCUCAGUGGGGUGUGAGGGGGAGGAGACGAAGGUGCAGGUGAGGGUGAAGACGGAGCGAGAAGAAGAGCUCAGCGAGAAGGAAAGGGGGUCUAGUGGCGGGCCAGCACGUGUGCUUGGCGUGGUGAAUGGUGGCGAGGGGAGGGGAUGGAGUGGGUCGAGGGAGGGAGGUGAUGCCGGGGAAGGUGUAGAUGUAAAGAAGGAGGAGGGGGAAGGAGGGGAAGUUAAGGGCGAUAAAAAGGAGGAGGAGGAAGUAGAGGAAGAAAAGAAUGUGAAGAAGGAGGACGAGGAAGGAGAGGGCAGAAAGGUAGAGACAGACAACGAGUAUGAGAUGGAGGAUGACCAAUGGGAGGUCGAGAUAUUGGAUGGCCACGGUGGCUGUAUUGAUAGUGAUGGUGAUGAUGAUGAUGACGUGCUGUUUGUAGAUGAGAAAGUAUCAAACGGCAUGGGUGGAGGUCAAGGGGAGAGGGGCGCUGUUGCUGGAGAGCUGGAAGGAGCAGCAGCAGGAGGAGCAGGAGGAGGGACGGGAGGAGGAGGAGAGGCAGCCGCGCCAGGGGCAGCGAGCCCAAGGAAGAGAAGGAAGUUUAAGAAAGCACGGGAGGAAAAGGAAGCAGGUGGUGGCAAGCGGCACAGUAGUAAAGCCCAAGGCGCGGCGAACGACGCUGCCGCUGUUGCUCACUUCUGGCAAGAUGAGGCGGAGUACAAUUCCCUGCACAAGAUGCGAGCGCAGAACACUGGCCUGCCCUGGGGAGUGCAGCAGGGGUGCAUGGACUGCCGCUACCGUGGCUGCUACAGGUGCUGCCACGUGGCAGCGCGGUGGAGGCCAGAGCAGUCGCGACGGCCGGUAGUUGCGGACGCACCGACUUUCUACCCCACUGCAGAGGAGUUCGCCAACCCCGUGCGCUACAUCCAGUCCAUCCAGCGAAUCGCAGAGGAGCAUGGCAUAUGCCGCAUUGUGCCGCCAACCGACUGGUCCCUCCCUGCCUCUGCCGCCCUCUCCUUGGACCAUCUUCGUUCCCUGCGCUUCCCCUAUCCCACUCGCGUGCAAGAGAUCAGCCGGCUUCAGGUGCGCAAGCCCAGCUCUCCAGCUGCCCAGAACUGUGAGAGCUACCAGGAGCACUGCUACCAGUUGCCACAGCAGCAACACGAGCACGCACAGCAGCAGCAGCCACAGCACCACCAGCACCACAGCAAGCAGCAGCAGCAGCAGCAUCAUCUACAGCAACAGCUACAGCAACAACUACCGCACCAGCACCACAGCAACCCCCACCACCACCACCACCACCACCACAAGCGGCGGCAGCGGCCGCAGGACUAUAUUCCCCCGAUCACAACAGUAGACAACAUCCCCAUCGUUCUCGCCCUCGCUGCUCCGGGCGGCCCUAGCGACUUCUGGCCGGAAAACCCCCCAAAACUAAAACCCCUCUCCUGCAUCCACUCCCCUGGAAAACCCCUCCACUGGAACAAGAAGGGCAAGCGCACAUACAGGGGGGUGCUGUAUGCAUCUGAUGUGGAGAGGCAUAAGAUACCACCACCUCCUCCUGCUCCUCCUCCUCCUCCUCCUCCUGCUCCUGCUCCUGCUCCUGCUCCUGCUCCUGCUCCUGCUCCUGCUCCUGCUCCUGCUCCUGCUCCUGCUCCUGCUCCUGCUCCUGCUCCUGCUCCUGCUCCUGCUCCUGCUCCUGCUCCUGCUCCUGCUCCUGCUCCUGCUCCUGCACUGUAUGCGUCUCAUGCUGCAAUGAACACGCUCUGGCAAACAGAGAAGACACAAGGAGCAGCGAACUGUGGUGCAGCAGCACCUGCAGCACCUGCAGCACCUGCAAUGGAAACACGGAUGCCGAGACCGAUGCAGCGCCAAGCCAGUCACAACAGCAGCAGCACCAGCAGCAGCAUUGCCAGCAGCAUGAGCACAAGCCGUAGCAGCAGCAGCCUCAGCAACAGCAGCAGCAGUGGUGGGGGUAAUGGGAGGUGGUGGGACAUGUCCAGUGUGGCGCGCAUGAGUCCGUCGGUGCUGCAGUUCGAGGAGGAGCAGGUCUCAGGCAUCACGGUGCCCUGGGUCUACUUUGGCAUGUGCCUCUCCUCCUUCUGCUGGCACGUGGAAGACCAGCAUCUCAACUCGCUCAACUACCUGCACUGGGGGCGCCCCAAGGUGUGGUACGGCGUGGCCAGCAGGCAUGCAGAGCGGUUGGAAGCAGUGAUGCGCAAGCGCCUGCCAGAGGUCUUCCGUGCCACGCCUGACCUGCUGCACCGCCUUGUGACGCAGCUCUCUCCCUCCAUGCUGCAGCAGGAGGGCGUUCCCGUGGUGCGCCUGGUGCAGAACCCCAACGAGUUUGUCGUCACCUUCCCUCGAGCUUACCACGCAGGUUUCAACGCCGGGUUCAACUGUGCCGAGGCUGUCAACCUGGCGCCGCCUGAGUGGCUGAGCCACGGGCUGAGGGCAGUGGAGGGCUACCGCGCGCUCAACCGCAGUGCCACGCUCGCCCAUGACAAGCUGCUGCUCCGAGCCGCUGCUAAAGCCGCUGACGCUGCUGUUGCUGCUGCUGCUGCUGCUGCAGUUGCUGAUGCUGGUGGUGGUGCUGAUGCUGGUGGUGGUGCUGCUGCUGGUGGUUAUGGUGGUGGUGGUGCUGCUGCUGCUGAGGAUGCAGUGUGGUGCGAAAAUGCGUCGAUGAUAUGCAGCGCACUGCAGGAGCGCCUGUCACUAGAGAAGGCUCGGCAGCAAGCACUCCUCUCUGCCACCCAGUCUCAGCUGUCAUCAACGGGAGGGCGUCCUUUCCGCCUGUCACAACUCGACACCCUGCUUGUGCUUCAACCACCACAAUCGCCACAACCACCACAAGCAGCACAACCACCACAAUCACAAGCAGCACAGCCAACACAGCCAGCGCAAGCAGUGCCAGCAGUACAAGCAGCAGAAGCUGCAGAACCAGCACUACCAACACAAGCAACGCGAUCCCCACCUGACCUGGACUCCCUCCAGUGCUGCUUUUGCUCCUACGACCUCUACCUCUCCUUCGCCUCCUGCUGCCGAGCCUGCUUCCCCAGGCAGCCAGAUAUAGCUCUGGCAGCAGGGGGGGCUGGUGCCUUUGGGACAGGUGGUAGUGCUGUUAAUGCAGCAGCAGGGGCAGCGGCCGGAGCAGGAGCAGCGGAUGCAGUCACAGGGAUGCAGGUAGCAGUGGAUACAGCAGCAGCAAGAACACCCGAAGCCGAGGCAACAGACCUGGCAGUUGCAGUUGCAGCAGCAGCAGCAGCAGCAGCAGCAGCAGGAGCAGUGGAGUCAACUGUACUAGGCUGCACACCGGGUCAUGGUUUGGAGGGACUUGCUGAGGCUGCUGCAACUGGUGCAACUGGUGCUGCUGGUGCUGCUGGUGCUGCUGGUGCUGCUGGUGCUGGUGGUGCUGCUGGUGCUGCUGGUGCUGCUGGUGCUGCUGGUGCUGCUAGCGCUGCUGGUACUGCUGCUGAUGUGAUUCCCCCUUGUUUUGAGGCGCCUUCUCACAGUUGUGCUGCCAGUGCUAAAAAUGCUGCAGUGGCAGCUCCCCUCCGAGUGGCGUGUGUGGAGCACGGGUGGCUGCUGGUGCAGGAAUGCCCCCACAGAGCUGCAACAGGGCAGGGGGGUUGCUGGCCGGGUAAUGGGGCGGGCGUGUCAGGAUGCAUUGACAAAGAGGAGAGGAGGUGGGGGGUGGAUGGGGAAAGGAGGGAAUGUGGAGCAGCGUGCGUGAGAAAGAGUGGGUUAGAGGUUGUUGUGGAGAAUAGUUUGGGUUUGGAGCCCACAGCAGCUGCAGCAGCAGCAGCCGCAGCAGAAGCAUACAGGUCAGAGUCAGGGGCUGGCAAGGCAGUGGGUUCAGGAUGUGAGUUGGACCCAGUGCUGUUCGUGCGGUACUCUGUGGAAGAUCUUGAGAGUAUUGUGCUGUUACUGAAGGCGCUUAAAGGGGGUGCAAGCGAUGGGCAGGAGGCUGGUGCAAGAGGUGAUGCUGUGGGUGCUGUGGGUGCUGUGGGUGCUGUGGGUGCUGCGGGUGCUGUGGGUGGUGUCAAGCCUGGAGUUGGAGAGCGGGAGGGGCAGCUAGCAGGCCACACGACAGCUGCGGCUGCAGCUGCUACUGGUAGUGCUACUGCUACUGCUACUGCUACUGCUACUGCUGCUGCUGCUGCUGCUGCUGCUGCUGAUUGUGGUGUUGCCUCUACUACUGGUGCUGCAGCACCAACUGCUGCUUCUGUAAGUGCUAUAACUGCUGCUGCUGCUGCUGCUGCUGCUGUCACUGCUACUGCUACUGCUACUGCUACUGCUACUGCUACUGCUACUGCUACUGCUACUGCUACUGCUACUGCUACUGCUACUGCUACUGCUACUGCUACUUCUACUGCUCCUGUUCCUGUACCUGCUGCUGCUCCUCCUCCUCCUAACCGUACUGACCAAUUGAAAAUUCCUUUCGCGGAUAUUGCAACUCGCCCUUCUACUGCUAUUGCACAUGAAGGAGCGUCUGCUCCCAUCUCACCUCCCAUUCCUCCUCCUCUGUCUCUUCCUCUUCCUCUUCCUCUUCCCCUCCCCCCUCUCUCCACGCCAUCUGUGUCUGCAUCUGCUGCCAAAAGCGUCCCCCUAAACCCUUCAGCAGCCUCUAAGAAACCGCGCCGUUCCCUCACCCAGUCCUCCAGCUCAUUCCUUUCUGCUCGUGGAUCUGCAAAGUUUUCUGCCUCUGCCUCUGCCUCUGCCUCUGCUGCUGCCUCUCCCUCUGCAUCUUCUCCCCCAUCUGCUGCUGCUGCUGGGGCUGCUUCUUCCUCCACCGCUUCUGUUCCACCUCCCCCUCCAGUCCCAAACAUCAAACCCGGCGUUUGUGCGGCUCCGGCUGCUCUGUCUCCCGGCAUGCCACCUUGUCGCUUCGCAGUGCCUGUGAUGACGGCACCAGUAACAGCAGCAUCAGCGGCAUCAGCAGCAGAAGCAGCAGCAGCAGCACCAGCAGCGGAGACUGCAGCAGCAGCAUCAGCAGGGCAAGGGGCGGCAACGGGAGCAGGUGGUUCAGGGGCGUGGGAGGAGACUCUGAGUGAUCCAUGUGUGGACAAGCACAUGCACGAUGGCUCGCAGCAGCAGCAGCAGCAGCAGUCAGAGGGUUUGUUGCAGACGAAGAGGAAGAGGGUUGCGGCUGCAAGCGACCCACUGAUGGAGUGCUGGCUGCGCUUGGAAACUCAACGGAUGGAGCAUCGGGCCCCGCUGCAAGGUCGACCGCAGGAGCAGCAUCAGCAGCAGCCAGAGAUUGUGGUUCUUACCUCUGACGACGAGGAUUAGGAGCAGCCGGAGCGCUACUGGUGAUUGCAGCAGACUGUUGGAACUGGGAUUGUUGCUGUUGGCGCGUUGGUUGGUAGUAGUAAGGGCUCGAGAGAGGUAAAGGCUCGAGAGAUGCAUGGAAUAGUAUGAGGUGCAAAUGAAAUUGUGGGGUAUCAAUGCCAUGGUACCUCACAUUGAUUUGAUUUCGGUAUCUCUGUCCAUGAGAAAG